CAUGGGGAUAUGGUCAAGAAGAGAACUUGUAGACUAUGAGGCGAGUUAUAUAUUCUAUGCAAGGUGGAGGACAUGGUGAAAUGCACUCUUUCUCACAACUUUUUUCUCUGUGCACACUCUAACACUCUACAACCAACAUCACUGUUGCCCUUCCUCGCCAGCAUUCCACUACACGCUACGCUAACUACAAUGACCAAGGUACAGAGAAACGAAUGUACAUUCUACAACUGUGUCCAGGGACUGCUGGACAAGAAAGAGGCGAUCCGGACACAGGGGCGUCGCAUUGAACAGGGUCUCCCAGUCAAGGACGAGGACAGACCUGUGCCAUUGACCAAGCGCGAGGAUAGAAGCAUGGCUUUCAUCUGCGUCUGCAGAAAGCCAUUCCUGACAAGGGAUAGUCUGAGCAAGCAUUACAAGCGGGUCUGCGCCCAUUCCAACAUCCCGAUCAACGUUCCAGGGCUUCAACUUAUUGACAGCGCUCAAGUUCUCCCUCAUGGUUCGGAGGUCCGCAUGCAAAUCAUGGCAUUUCAAGAGCAACAGCGCACGCUGAUCACGACUACAGCAGGUCAAGGGCAGGGGCAAGCUGCUUCUGCUUCUGCUUCUGACACCGGAACUUUCAGCCCAGUUUCUACAAGUAGAAAGAAAACGCGCUCUGGCGCCCCUCACUUUGGAACAUUCAGGCCCCUUAGUUGUAUGUCUCCAACUGAAAAUAAGUAAAAUAAAAAUGGCGGUUUGGUGGAGCAAGUGUAAAUCGGUAUAAAAAUUGGGCAGAUGUAGAGACGGGAAAGCGCAUGGUCUCGCCUUGCUUAUCAUUUUCCACUACAGUGAAAGCUAGCUCACUCCCUACGCGUCGGCAUGCUUGCAAACGAUUGGAGUAUCUGGGGUGUCGAAGGAUCUAGGGUGAAAAGGGUGUUUUGUUG